AUGGCUCGUGGUAACAACACCAAUCGCCCUCCACCAGACUACACCUCCUUUGGUUCUUCAUCUUCUAUGGAUGAAUUAUCCAGCCCUUAUUAUCUACAAAAUGGAGACCAUCCUGGCUUAAUUUUAGUUUCUCAUUCUUUAACCGGAUCUAAUUUCAGCUCUUGGCAUCGUGCCUUGCUUCUUGCUCUAACAGCAAAGAAUAAACUAGUUUUUAUUGACGGCACUAUUGUUCGUCCUCCCUCCACUGAUUUACUCUUCUCUUCUUGGAAUCGAUGUAAUUCCAUGGUUAUCUCAUGGAUAUUAAACUCGGUUGCUAAUGACAUUGCUGACAACCUUCUUUAUUUUUCUACUGGCUAUAAAGUUUGGAAUGAUUUGAAGACUCGGUACUCUCAGGCGAAUGGUCCUCGGAUCUUCCAGCUUAAACAACGCAUUUCAUCAUUGUGUCAAGGAUCCCUUGAUGUUAAUGGUUACUAUAGCAAGUUGAAAUCCCUUUGGGAUGAAUUACAGGAUUACAUUCUUCUACCUUCCUGCACUUGUGGUGCGCUUCGCGAAAUUGGUGCCAGUAAGGAGCAAGAUCAUAUUUUGUUGCUUGAACCAUUGUCGUCGCUCACCAAGGUCUUCUCCAUGGUUCUACAAGAAGAGCGUCAACGCCAGCUCUCCGUUGCCUUGCCAACUCCGGCUGCACCAGAUACUCCUAUCCUUACCUCUGUUGCCUCAUCUCCUCCGUCCAUUUCCACAGCGGUUGCUGUCCAACGCCGUUUGUGA